CCACGACGCGGUACUGUGCGCGCGCAGCCUAGCAGCCUCGUGUCGGAGGCCACACGUGUAGUGAGUGCGACACCCCAGCAGCGAAGACCUGUCGCUGCUUGGAGCCCUUGUCGCUGCUUGGAGUCCUUGUCGCCGCUUCGAGCCCCGGCGAUGCGCCACUCUGCCGCGGGGAGCGCUGGUGCGUUGUAGCCUGGCGUCCCAGCAGGCAGUGCGAGCAUACAUGCUGAGGACGCUGGCCGAGCACGGGCGCAGACGGGAGACAGCGCACCGCCAGCUCACGGGAGAAGAUGAAGCAUAAACCAGAAGCCUGCUCCUAGGCGUGGCCCGGACAGCAGACCCGCAGAGUGGCCGACGGCGCGGCGAUGCGCUCCACUGAGAGGAUGUCGGGCUCGGAGGAGGGCUCCAGCAGCAGCCCCGACCUGGACAACAGGUCGGCCUUCUGGCCCGAGGACGACGAGGAGCUGGAGGUCGAUGACAUGCUCCUGUGCUCCGAGGACUCGGGCGGCAAGCGCGGCCACUGCAAGGCGCAGCAAGACUGCUCGGACAGCUCGGGCAGCGAGGGCCCGUCGCUCUCACGCAGCAAGCAGCCACGUGCCAAGAGGAAGUGCGGCGGAGGCAGCGGGGGCGGCUCCAGCAGCGGUCGCCGCCGCAAGUCGGGCGUCUCGGCGCGCGAGCGCAACCUCCGCAGGCUGGAGAGCAACGAGCGGGAGCGCAUGAGGAUGCACUCGCUGAACGAUGCGUUCGAGCAACUGAGGGAGGUGAUCCCGCACGUGAAGAUGGAGCGCAAGCUGUCCAAGAUCGAGACGCUCACCCUCGCCAAGAACUACAUCAUGGCGCUCACCAACGUCAUAUGCGAGAUGCGCGGGGAGGAGAAGCCAUACACAUUCCUGGACGUGGACUGUGGCUCGAACGCCAGCUCGAGCGGCAACCUGAGCGGCGGCGAGCAGGGCGCGGAGGAGGACCUGGAGCCCAACAACAACAACCUGUAUCAGGAGAACCUGGAGCGUCGGACGUUAGCCGCUUCUUCCUCGGACCUGUGAGAGGAGGGUGUCGCGACUUGCCUGGUGCGCCCGAAACACUCGUGUUCUUCUACUCACGGCUGACUCAUCGCUGCGCUACAAAACAGCUUUUUUCAGGAGAACUUGGAGCGUCGGACGUUAGCCGCUUCUUCCUGGGGCCGGUGUAGUGAGCAUGUUGCAACUUGCCUGGUGUGCCAGAAACACUCGUAUUCUUCUACUCACGGCUGACUCAUCGCUGCGCUAUGCAACAGCUUGUAUCAGGAGAACAUGGAGCGUCGGACGUUAGCCGCUUCUUCCUGGGGCCGGUGUAGUGAGCGUGUUUCAACUUGCCUGGUGCGCCAGAAACACUCGUAUUCUUCUACUCACGGCUGACUCAUCGCUGCGCUACAAAACAGCUUGUAUCAGGAGAACUUGGAGCGUCGGACGUUAGCCGCUGCUUCCUUGGACCCGUGAAGUGAACGUUUUGCAACUUGCCUGGUGCGCCCGAAACACUCGUGUUCUUCUACUCACGGCUGACUCAUCGCUGCGCUACAAAACAGCUUGUAUCAGGAGAACUUGGAGCGUCGGACGUUAGCCGCUGCUUCCUUGGACCCGUGAAGUGAACGUUUUGCAACUUGCCUGGUGCGCCCGAAACACUCGUGUUCUUCUACUCACGGCUGACUCAUCGCUACGCUACACAACAGCUUGUAUCAGGAGAACUUAGAGCGUCGGACGUUAGCCGCUUCUUCCUCGGACCCGUGAAGUGAGCGCUUUGCAACUUGCCUGGUGCGCCCGAAACACUCGUGUUCUUCUACUCACGGCUGACUCAUCGCUACGCUACACAACAGCUUGUAUCAGGAGAACUUGGAGCGUCGGACGUUAGCCGCUUCUUCCUCGGACCCGUGAAGUGAGCGUGUUACAACUUGCCCGGUGCGCCCGAAACACUCGUGUUAUUCUACUCACGACUGUCGCGUCGCUGCGCUGCAUGAGGACAGGUGUUUGGGAAGUGAUGCGUGUGCCCGCCUUGAAGGAUUUGAAACAUGAAGUUGGAGCCGAAUAAUUUGUAUGAAUAUGGCUGCACAGCGUUAAACUAGUAAGACUGAUUUUAAAAAUAAAUAAUUAAAUUUCUUUGGACUAUCAUAUUAAAAUGAAUUUUUAAUAAUGCACUCAAAAUACUCAUAUUAAAACUUUUAUUUCAUGUAGUGAGAUUACAAACAUAGACACACUACUGGAAGAAAGCUUUUAUAACGAAGAAACCAAAAUUAAAUAAUGGACUAAAACAAUUUUUUAAGCCCUAAAAUAACGUGCAGCUAUUUUUGAACGCAAAGAAUGACGCAUUAUCAUUCACUCAAUCUGGAAUUAUGAGUAAGCUUUUAGAUUAUUUUUUUCCAUUUCUUCGUGCAUUAGGUCUCUUUACAUACUACAACAUUGAUGACAUGAUCUUGUGCUUUCCUGAUAGGUGAAACGUUUUUCAACAGAACUCUUUUAAUGCCUGUUUGAAAUGGUUGACAAGACGACUUACUAUAAAUUAUGAAAAAAAAAAAAAAAACUUAAUAUGUGGAAUACUUAAAUAAAGUCUGCUUUUAUAUAAAUAGAAAACUGUGCGCAUAAAAGGACAUCCAUUUAAAAAAUAUAUUACCAUAAGUGCCUUUUUUUCUGCGUUAAGUUUAUUUUAGACAUGUAGGCUACGUGAUACUUAGGCUUGUUGGAUGUUUCAUACGCAACACAGUGGAGUGCUAGCUAACUUCCUUCUGCUGAAAUAAUUGCUUUCGGGGGCGGUUUAAGGUUUAAAAACUUUGCAUUUGCACAUAUAAAGGACGCAAUUCGUUUGUGGUAUGAAUACGUCUGUUAUAAACUUAUAAGUUUAAAAUACUGGUUCUCCUGGUUUGGUUAACUACUUUGAAGUAAUUCAGUUUAAACCCACAGUGUGACAUUGUAAUGUUUGUGAAGAUUUUAUGUGCCUACUGUACAGUAUUUACACUAUUACACAGUUACCACGUACAAUUUAAGUUCACAUUUCAGUGUCAAUAUGUGGAUCGUGAGGUUGAUUCUCAUUGCAUAAAAAUGUACUUAAAUACUUGUUAUAAUUAUGUGUUCGUUUUAUAUUGUGUUUAGCGUUGGACUAGGUUGCUGUUGUGUCUUCCAACGGUUGCGAGUGGCUGCCUCUAAACUAACAAGGGAACUGAUGAUGCCAUACAUAGUGUGUGUGAGAGAGCAUCCUUCAAGAUGCGGGCAAGUUUCCAUAGUCACAGCACGAGUUUGCUUCGCAGUGAGUCACUUAAUUGCGAAGAUACCAAACGGUGCUGCACGAUGUUAAUUUUCAUUUGAAAACGUUGACAAUGAUUCAGAUUAAAUAGUCAUCUCACAUUUAAAACUAAAAAAAAAGUUUGUAUGCAAGCAAGGCAAUACAGGUACAUAACGCAACUAUUAAUGCUGCCCUACUUUUCAUAAUUGCGUGUUAAUUUAUUUUGAUUUUUUAUCACUAAGCAACAAUGAUUUUCAAAUGUAAAGUGUUCCUGACCUUUAAAAAUGUACUUAUUCAAAAUAUAGUUUGUAAGCUCAACACACAGUUUCAGCAAAAUAGACGUUUUACAUGUUAUUUUUCCAAAAGUUAAAUUGACACAAAAAAAUUUAUUACUGUACAUAUUUUCGAAUUACGUGUCCCACUUAGUGUUAAAUGCUUCUGGAAUGCGUUCUGACUUUAUUUUCUUGAGAAUAAUUUGGAACUGUCACUGUAAACACUUUUACUGAUGUGUACCAAUAAUUAGGUUGCCAGAAGUCAUAUUUUAAAAGGGGACUCCUGUUUCAAAUAUGUGUCUAUUACUUGAUUACAAGAAAAGCUAAUACUAAAAGCCCAAUUGUACUAACUGGAAUCUUGCGUGAUAUAUGAAAUGAUUUAUGUAUUUUUAUAAUACAUACCACAGGAAGUAAUUUAUUUAAGUUUUCGGUACUUGUUCCAACAAUUAUUUAUAUUUGUGUUGGUUUGUUUUAAAUUUUUAUUUUUGUAAUAAAAAUAUCAUCCAUGCUAUAAAUUUCUUUGAUUAAUUAUUUAUUCAUUUAACUUGCAUUUUAUUAAAAUUUUAAUGUUAUGUAUUAAAAUAUAAUUUGAAAAUCUUUUUAAUAAAGUUCUUCAUUUUCUCGAAUGGAUGUGAAAUGCGCCAAAAAUAAGCAUUAAUUUAGUUUUUUUAUUAAGUCACCUCUAGAAAUAUGUAUCAAACGAUGUUAAAAAUUAUAAAAUAGCCAUCAUAGGAGUUAGCAAACAAAGAUUCUUUUUAUUUAUUUAUUUAUAGUUGUGUUUUAUGUUGGGUCAACCCUUCAAAUACAUUUACUGAACAAUCCAGUAAGUACAGCAAUGCAUCAUACAGACAAUGCGUCGAACAGAAAAUCCCUUAGCAUACUCCUGAUAUUAGUACUGGUCUAUAUAGCUAUUUUAAAUUUGAGCUAAGGCAGUUACUGAAAAUUAUAUUACCAGUUCCAAGUAUGUUGGACUAUUAUCUUCAGAUUGCUUGAAAAUGUUUUGAAUCUAUUUAAAUGUAUUUUUUUACGCUACAGUAGUCGAUUAUUUAUUUAUUUUUUAAUAAAGAAAUAUUCACAUUUUUCGAAAGUAGUCUUUUGAAAUUUCCCAUACACGAUUACACGAUUAUUAACUUCAUGAGUCACUCAUUAGUAACGUCGUGAAAAAUUAUAAUUCCCUCCAAUGUGCCUUACGUUAAUAAACAACUAUUCAACUACAUAAUAUAAGGAUAUUAAACGAUAAAAAAAGUUUGAAACGCCCUUAUUUUGGAGAUACGUUUUUAAAAAUUAAACAUAAUGUUUUAUUAAAUAAUAAAUCAAUUGGCUGAACGGCAAAGUAUUAAAAACAUUUAAAUAAAAACAAAAAUAUAAAAUGUUCAUUUUCUUUUCUCAAGUAAAAUCAUUACUUAAAUUUGUGUGUGUAAACGUUGAAGUUCUAAUCGUCUACUAGUCCCUGAGAUUUUUGUGUGGCAAUCAAUUUUCUUUUAAACUUAAACCAUGAAUAAAAUUUCGCUCAUUAAAUAUGAUACAAUUGUUGUACCGGAGCGCACCUUAUCAAAAAUCCUGGCUACGACCCUGUAUCGAGUCGACUCGAACUUGAGUGUUCCACAACUGUCUCUGUGCCGUGAACACUACAAGAACUGCAAGGUUACCAUCACACUAACGAUCUUCAGAUAAACUAUAGUUUGUGCUACGAACAGUCCGCGAAGAAAAAAUUUUUCUGCGACGGAACUGCAUCAUUGAGUAGAUAAUCUUAGCUUAGCGCCGCUAAUACCCACACACCAGGAAACCUCGUUAGAUAACUUAAAUUUUUGUUCGCUCUAAAAUAAAAAAGUGCGGUGGUGACUUAACAUUACGCCGCCAUCGAGAACGUUAGUCGCCGUCGUCUCCGUCCGUCACGUGACCCGCAGCCAAUCAGAUGGCCCGAAAAUCUCUAUCCGCCCGUCCGUCAGAAGCUUGGCAGGCUCUUAGCUCUUGACGGGCAGACGGAGGGAUGACAUCCAUGUUUCUGGCCGCGGCAGUCAAUUGUCACCAGAACAGAGUCCUGUGUUGCCUGUACAGGUCGUCCAGAUGUCCCGUGUAAUGACAUUGCGGUUCUUAAAACUCACGUCCAAACAAUUUCAAUCACGACUCUGGAGUUUCCGAGGAAAUGCUGAAAACAAUACGUGCAAAAGCAAGACAUGAAUAGCAAACAACAUCUAUACGAAUCUCCGAGAGAAAAAAUAAAAACAUGAAUUGUUGGCAGCACUUAUUUUGAGAAAAUACAUUGUGUACAUUAAAAGAAUGCCCCAGUUAUAAAUUUUUGUAGUGUCAACUAACUGUAAGCGUUGCUUCAAGGUCACGAAGAGUUACUCAAACAGUUUUAGAUUCUGACGGACGGAUGCAGUCAAGUUGUAAAUCGCGUGGCUGGAUGCGUGGCGUAUUUGUUAUAGGUAUCAACAGUAAUUUAAACAUGAAAAGCUUGGGAACAAUACUUUCAAAAUAUCGUUAAUCCACAAACUGUGGAUUUUCGCCUAAAUUCUUUGUUUAUCUCAAGCGAAAUUUCUCAACACGGCUUGUAGUUAGUGGUGUUAUUGUGGAUUUCUUUCAAUCUUGCUAAGAAUCGAGUAACUGUAUUGAAUGUGAUAUUUUAUGUAGUCCAAAAACUAAGUUUUAGUUACAAUUACCUUGAAAGUCAAAAAGUGUCUUGUUCAAUAACUUAUAGAUACAUCUUGUUGAUGAUAUAAUAAUAUAUUUUAUAUUCAUAGUUUAAAUAUUUUGGAAUAAUACGUAAUCAUUUUAAGAGGAAAACCAUACAUAUCAUUAUAAUCAUUCCUCAGAAACAUAUAUUACAUUUGAAGUAAGUACUGAGUACUUUUGUAUACUGUUGUGGUCUUGUUAAGUUGAAAAAAAAAUAGUCGAAGAGAAAAUUUAUGAAUCACUGUCAUGUACAAUGAUUAAAUUGUGGGAAGAAUAAAUCAUAUGGAAAAAAAAAACAUUUGUUUUAAUUUCCAGUACGCUUUCCCCAGUGUGCCUCUUCCUCUAUCUUUCCCUGUAUUCUGGACUAAUCAUUGCCAAAUAACUUUUCUGUUUUUCUUGUAAUUUCACCUAAAGAAGUUUUCCAGACGUUGGAACGAACUGAACCGCUCAAUUUGAAGAGUUCUGGAAUUAAUUUUGGCUUUACAAAAUCGGAAGAGUUAGUGAAACUUUUUUUUAUCGUGGGCUAUAAUGAAUGUAUAUGUAUAAUUCAGGAUAUAAAACUAAUGUAUAACUUAACUGAAAAUAUGGAUUCCAGACGAGAACCAUCCAACCACAUCUACCAUAUCGCAGUCCAGAUUUAAGGGUCAGGUCCUCUAAUGAGCAGGCCUUAAGGGUGAAACAGCAAGUGAGGUUUAAGGAAGUGGUAGAUUCAACUAUUUGUUAAAGGAGGAUGGUUUUGGUGAAUAAGAGUUGGGGGGGGGAGGAUAUUUCUGUAUCUCAUGGGCCUACAUGAUACGUCUAAGUUCUGUCAAAUAAUAUUUUGUGUGCGUGUAUUAUAUUGUCCUGAUUAUACAAUUUACUAAUAUAAAAUCCAGCAAAGUCAAAAAAUGAACAUAAAAUUUACAAAAUUUAAGAAGGAACUUCUGUAUAACCACCUCUACAUCAAAGUAUAUACAAUAAGUUUUAUUUGCCCCCUUCCCUUCCCCCUUUUUCUACCAACACACCAUAACACACCUGCUCGGACACCAACACUGGACUCUA